UUUGCGCAGGCGUAUUUCAAUAAACGCAGACAUUUUAGAGAGAAUAUUGUGUGUCUCUCUCAUUGAUCAGUGGUACCUAUGCGUUUGUGUUACAGUAGUUGUGGGUAUUUGUGUCAAAUUAAUAUUUUGUGUUAUUAUAGGUAGUCGAUUAAAAUCGACUAGCUAAAUUCGUUUUUGGUGAUGUAUUUUAGGAUAUACACCCUUUUAUGUUGUGUAAUCCUCGCAGGAUUCGCAACUGCUGCUCAAAGUAGCACUGAUCGUACAUAUAAUAAAUAUAACGAUGCUAUCGACAUCGAUGACGAGCUGGAUGGAAGCGGGGGAGGCAGUAAAGAUGGUUUGAGGGACAGGGACAUUAUAGAAGCAAGCGGUUCUGGAAAUGGACCCAUCGAUGACGACGAUGAAGAUCACCAUCAAUCAAAUGUUAUUGUUAAUGCAAGAAAACCGCCUGUUACGACGGAGCCUCCUGUAGAGAAGAACAAAAUUUCUCCAGUAGAAACUGUGAUUCCAAGGGAAUAUCCAGAAUUAGACACGGAUGUAAUUAUGAAUCCAAAACCAGAAGAUCAGCCAACGUCUUUCUUUGCUCAACCAGGAAUACUUGCAGCUGUUAUUGGCGGAGCCGUUGUUGGUUUACUGUGUGCCAUAUUAGUGGUAAUGUUUAUUGUUUACCGUAUGAGAAAGAAAGACGAGGGUUCAUAUGCGUUGGACGAACCAAAAAGGUCGCCAACAUCAAACUCGUAUAGUAGAGGCACUAACAAGGAGUUUUUUGCUUGAAAAUAAAAAUAGUGAAGUGGUCACUGGCGAACUGAUAAAAUGAGGGGUCUGAACGUAAUGUAAAAUAACGUUAACGUGUUUAUAAUUACUACAGGUAAUCAGCAAAGACAAAACGCUGAAUGACUGAAUCUCAGUGUUGCUUAAAGGGCAGCUUUUAUACAGAUCCUUCAAGUGUAACUAACAAUAAUUUACUUAUAAUACACGCGCACAUGGAAAACAUACUACUAUACCGACUGUAAUUAACAAAUUAAUAUGAAAUAUUAAUUGUUCGUAAUUUUUGUGUGUUACAUGUACACUACACUCAAGUACACUGUACACUUCUUGUCUUACUAACAACUGAAUGGAAAAAGGCAUUUUUUUCUUUUUAUUUUCAAAAUCUUACGAUUAUUGCGCCAAUGGCAUAUUUGCUAUUGUUUUUCUUUGAUAAUUGUGUACAUACCAACAGUUUCCUUCUUAAGCAUAGUUGUUCUAUUGGAUGUGUAUGUAGUACAUAAAUACUUUUUACACAGUUCCAAUCCAAAAAUUUAAAAUUAUAUAAAAGGGGCAGCUAGACAAAAAUAGCAGCAGCAGCUUAUCAUAAAUUACUUGCAACAUUAAUGUCUUUCAAAAAAUUAUGAACGAAAAAUUAAUGUUUUCUGUAUCAACGUAGUUUCGUAGUAGAGGAAGAAGUGCGUUCAUACAAACAGUUUCAGAAAAAAAAAAUCAACAUAUCAUUUUCUUUAUUCAGUCAAUUACCAAUUUGUACCAGAUGCGUAUAGAUAGUUCGUCUUACAUGUGUGAAUAUGUUCUUGACACUACAAUAAUUGUGUACUUCUUACUCAUCCCAUAAACAAAAAAGUACCUACAUUCAAUACAAAAAAGAGAUGUUAAACGUAACUGAUAUUGUAGUAAUUAAUUGUGUAAAAACUUUAAUUAUUGUAUCCAAUUUUAUUUACAACGUAAUUUCCAUUAUUUAUUUUUCGGAUAGUAAUAAAUAAAAAGCUUUUAGCAAGGUGGAAAUGAAAAAAAUGCAAUAAUGAUUAUAAUCACUAGGCAAUUUAUAAAUCAACACAUCUUGCUAAGGAAAAAAGCUUCAACUAAUUAUUUGUCGGUUUUUGAGAACAUUUAAUAGAAGGAAAAAAUAUUUUAUAAUGUAUUGUUUUUUAUUUAAUGGUGCCAAUAUUAUUUAAUUAAUUCUCAAACAACAAAAAUCUAUUUACUUACUAGUUGUAUUUUACUCGAUACUUUUAUAUUUAAACGGUCAUAUAAUUUAUUGUACUAAAUUUAAUAUUUUUAUGCCCGCUCGCAAUAUUUAUAUUAAAUUUUAUAAGAAGUUUUAAAUUCACGUAGCAGUAUCUGGACCAAAAUCAAAUAUUUGAAAUUAUUCAUUCCUCGUGCGUUAUUUUAAUGUAGGACUAAAUGUUUUUUUUUUGUUUUUGAGAUAUUGUCCCCUUUUCAUGUGAAUAGAAUUUAGAUUUUAGUAUGAUUAUUUUAUACAAUGACAGACUUCUACCGUAUUGACUUUUACAAAA